AUCACAACUCCUGUUAUUUUCUUUCACUAUGAGAAAGAUAAUCUACCAAAUAUGAUAAUGCUGGAAGGAGCAAGAUAUCUUUUAUCCAGGGAGACCUUUUCCAUUUAUGUGCGUUAGUAAUCUACUGCCAACAAGCUGUCUUCUUUAUGUUCUUUUACAAUUGUUGUUGUUUUGUUUUCUUGUGUUUGUCUGUUAAUAGACAAAUGGAGGCAUGAGCUUCCUUAGGAUUACUCCUUCGGCUCAUAGUUCUGUUCCAUCUGGACUUUUGAGGCUUAGUAUCUUUCUACUACUUAGCCUUCCUGACUCAAAUGGAAAAGCCAUUUGGACAGCUCACCUGAAUAUAACAUUUCAGGUGGGAAAUAAGAUCAUAUCAGAAUUAGUAGAGAGUGGAGUGUUCGGGAAUCAUUCUCCUCUGGAAAGGGUGUCUGGUGCGGUGGCACUUCCUGAAGGAUGGAAUCAGAAUGCUUGUAAUCCUUUGACCAAUUUCAGCAGGCCUGAACAGGCAGACUCUUGGCUGGCCCUCAUUGAACGAGGAGGCUGUACUUUUACACGUAAAAUCAACGUGGCAGCAGAGAAAGGAGCAAAUGGGGUGAUCAUCUACAACUAUCCAGGUACGGGCAAUAAAGUGUUUCCCAUGUCUCACCAGGGGACAGAAAAUAUAGUCGUGGUGAUGAUAGGCAACCUGAAAGGCAUGGAACUUUUGCGCUUGAUUAAGAAAGGAGUCUAUGUGACAAUCAUCAUUGAAGUCGGGAGAAUGCACAUGCCAUGGCUGAGCCAUUGUGUCAUGUCUCUGUUUACUUUCCUGGCUGCCACAGUUGCCUACCUUUUCUUAUAUUGUGUCUGGAGACCUAGAGUGCCCAUUUCUUCCACCAGGACGCAAAGACGGAUAAAGGCAGAUGUGAAGAAAGCUAUUGGCCAGCUUCAACUGCGAGUUCUCAAAGAAGGGGAUAAGGAAUUAGACCCAAAUGAAGACAGUUGUGUUGUUUGCUUUGACACAUACAAACCCCAAGAUGUGGUACGCAUUUUAACUUGCAAACAUUUUUUCCAUAAGGCAUGCAUUGACCCCUGGCUUUUAGCCCAUAGGACAUGUCCCAUGUGCAAGUGUGACAUUCUGAAAAUUUAAGAAAUCCUGAGAAUUUUCUGAAGAUGUAACCAGAUCUUUCCAAAUAUUAAGAUUAAAUUCUCUUAUUGUACUUUAUAAAGAGAGAAAAUUUCAGCUUCUCUACCCAAGUACCAACAAGUGUGAAAUUCGUGUUUCAAAAAUAAAACUCCCUAUCAUGCCCAGC